AAACGAAAAUACUACAGUGUCGUUUUUCCAAAAAUUUUUGGAACUAAACAAGGCCUUAGGAAGUACCAGUGGCCUGGAACAAUUGGGUCUAGCACACAAUAAUUUGUCAGCAUCAAUUCCUUUGCACUCUUACUAUUAGCAAUUAUUGUUGCACUCUUUCACUUGAUCUACAGCAAUCAAACACGAAGGCAGAAGGGUGCACUCGAACCACCAAUGGUUGAGGAACAAUACGAAAGAGUUUCUUAUCAUGCUUUAUCAAACGGAACCAAUGGAUUCUCCGAAGCCAAUUUGCUUGGUAAAGGGAGCUUUGGGACCGUCUAUAAAUGUGCUUUUCAAGAUGAGAGAACUGUUGUAGCUGUGAAGGUUUUUGACCUUCAAUAAUCGGGCUCUACCGAAAGUUUUGUAGCCGAAUGUGAGGCAUUGAGAAGGGUGCGCCACCGCUGCCUCAUGAAGAUCAUCACAUGCUGCUCAAGCAUCAAUGAACAAGGUCAGGAUUUCAAGGCAUUGGUUUUUGAGUUCAUGCCAAAUGGUAGCUUGAAUCGUUGGCUCCAUAUAGAAUCUGGCAUGCCCACUUUGAAAAAUACUCUUAGCCUCGCACAAAGGCUCGAUAUCGUUGUUGAUAUCAUGGAUGCAUUGGACUAUCUCCAUAAUCACUGCCAGCCACCAAUCAUCCACUGUGAUCUCAAACCAAGCAACAUUCUUCUUGCAGAAGGCAUGAGUGCCCAACUUGGAGAUUUUGGUAUAUAUAGAAUCAUUUCAGAAAGUGAAAGUAUGAUUCUGCAAAAUUCCAAUAGCACAAUUGGCAUAAGAGGCUCCAUUGGCUAUGUUGCUCCUGAGUAUGGUGAAGGUUCUUCCAUCACAACUUUUGGUGAUGUUUAUAGCCUUGGCAUAUUGCUGCUCGAGGUUUUCACAGGGAGGAGCCCAACAGAUGAUAUGUUUAGAUGUUCAAUGGAUCUACAUAAGUUUUCAGAGGAUGCUCUUCCAGAAAACAUCUGGGACAUAGCCGAUAAGACAAUGUGGCUCCAUACUGGCACCUAUGACAGCAAUACAAGAAACAUGAUUGAGAAAUGUUUGGUUCAUGUCAUUGCUCUUGGGGUAUCCUGCUUGAGAAAACAUCCUAGAGAGAGGACACUGAUACAAGAUGCGGUCAAUGAGAUGCAUGCUAUCAGAGAUUCAUACCUCAAGUUUUCCAGGCCUCUUGUGGUGGAAGAUGGAGCAGGAACGAUUUUGCAGUAAUUUUCAAACAGUGGUGAAUAAGUAGAGCUGAAAAUGGGCAAUAUGUUUGCAGGUGAUAACUUAAAUAAAAUGAUUGAAGGUUUCUAUGAUGCUUCAAUUCUAUUCAAGGUUUCCACCUCGCCCACCUGCUGCCGUGCUGGAAGAUGUAUUGUGUUUGCAAAUUGUAUCGUUACAGUAAAUGAAUAGGAAGCACACAAGUUUUAGCAAUUUGUGCAGGUAGACAAAAAAAAAGAGAAGGCAUUGCUGAAUUCCAUAGAGUACAUUGAUGAAUAUAAAGCAAUUCUGUAUAGAUUGUCUUUUGCAAUGUUUUGACUAAAUAAAGAGAAGACAUCCAAAGCUCUCAUUUCAGAUUACAAAAGACAGUCAUACAGCUAUCAUUUCUGAUUGCAAAAGACAUUCAGAUAGCACAUUGGUGGUUGCACAUUCAGAUACCAAAAGAUAUCCAUACUAUUAGAAAUCAGCAAUGUAAUCAUUUGUGGUUGCCCCCUGCAAAAUAGAAGGUUCAGAAAAGCAACAGAGAAAGUUUAUUUGUGGCCAUGUAUGGUUUAGAAAGCUGGUGCAUUGGUUUGAAAUAUUACCUUCAGUAUAUGAGAGAAUGUAUUGAUGGCCAUGUAGGGUUCAGAAACUUCUUCUAUGGGCAAAGAAGUACUAGGAUCAGUAUUUUGCACAGCUACAGUGCCUUUUUUCUUACUUUUCUUCUUUGUUGAUGGUUGUUCCUUCAAAUAAAAGAAAUAAAAUUGAACAUGUUUCUA